AUGUUACUAUCAAGCAAAGUCUCAGCGCUCAUUUGUUCAGUCGCUGAGAAAUCAGAAGCUUAUUUGUCGAAAUUCUUACCAUCCAAUCAAUUAGCCUUCCUAGUCCAUGCACUUGUGUCAUCUACUGGCUUGCAAGAUGUUUCUUCCUGCGUUUUUUCUCCUGUUACUCUUAAGCUGUUUGAGAACAGAAGGAAUGAAAGAUCCCAACCCUGCAACAGCCGACAAACGCAUGGUCUACUGGAAACGAUUGUAUAA